GCUGUGGUGAGCUGCCUGAACAAACAAACCCGGGAACCCGCGGACGAGAACCUGUGCGUGACCAGCCGGCGGCCCCCCCAGCUUCUGAAAUCCUGCAGUUUGGAUCCCUGCCCAGCAAGGUGGGAAAUUGGCAAGUGGAGUCCUUGCAGUCUCACCUGUGGGGUUGGGCUGCAGACCAGAGAUGUCUUCUGCUCCCACCUGCUUUCCAGAGAGAUAAAUGAAACAGUAAUCCUGGCUGAUGAGCUGUGUCGCCAGCCCAAGCCUACCACGGUGCAAGCUUGUAACCGCUUCAACUGCCCCCCAGCCUGGUACCCAGCACAGUGGCAGCCGUGUUCCAGGACCUGCGGCGGGGGCAUCCAGAAACGCGAGGUUCUUUGCAAACAGCGCAUGGCUGAUGGGAGCUUCCUGGAGCUUCCCGAGACCUUCUGUUCAGCCCCCAAACUGGCCUCCCAGCAAGCCUGCAAGAAAGAUGACUGUCCCAGUGAGUGGCUGCUCUCCGACUGGACAGAGGAUUCUUCUGCAGCCAGAUGAUUCCUUACAGAUCCUGGCACCUGUGGAAGCUGAUGUGGGUUUCUACACUUGUAAUGCCUCAAAUGCCUUGGGAUAUGACUCUGUCUCCAUUGCCGUCACAUUAGCAGGAAAGCCACUAGUGAAAACAUCCCGAGAGAUGGUGAUCAACACGGAGGAGCCUGCAAUCACAGUUGAUGUAGGAAGCACUAUCAAAACAGUACAAGGCGUGAAUGUGACUAUUAACUGCCAAGUUGCAGGUGUCCCUGAAGCUGAAGUCACCUGGUUCAGAAAUAAAAGCAAACUGGCCUCAUCUCCCCCUCUGCAGGAGGGCGCCUUGGUGCUUACAGCCGUGUCCUCCUUGGAUCAGGGCCGGUACUCCUGCAAGGCGGCCAAUCUGCACGGGGAGCUGACUGAGAGCAGCGAGCUCUUCAUCCUAGAAUCCCCCCACGUCCCCACACGGUUGGACGACAUCCGGGCCCUGCUCUCAGCCACUGGACCGAACCUUCCUUCAGUGCUGACGUCUCCACUGGGAACACAGCUGGUCCUGGAUCCUGGGAAUUCCGCUCUUCUUGGCUGCCCUGUCAAAGGUGACCCUACUCCCAAUAUUACCUGGUUCCACGGUGAGCAGCCAGUGGCCAACGUCACAGGACUGAUGUAUCAUAUCUUGGCAGCUGGACAGAUUCUCCAGGUUGCAAAUCUCAGUGGCGGAUCUCACUGGGACUUCAGCUGCCUUGCUCAGAAUGAGGCAGGAAUGCUCGUUCAGAAGGCCUCUUUAGUGAUCCAAGAUUACUGGUGGUCUGUGGACAGACUGGCAACCUGCUCGGCCUCCUGUGGUAACAGGGGGGUUCAGCAGCCCCGCCUGCGGUGUCUCCUAAACAGCACGGAGGUGGACCCCACUCAUUGCGCAGGGAAGGUGCGCCCUGCUGCACAGCCUAUCGCCUGCAACCGGAGAGACUGCCCUUCCCGGUGGAUGGUGACCUCCUGGUCGGCCUGUACCCGGAGCUGUGGGGGAGGCGUCCAGACCCGCCGGGUGACCUGCCAGAAGCUGAGAGCCUCGGGGGUCUCCACUCCUGUGUCCAGUGACAUGUGCACCCAGCUUGCCAAGCGGCCAGUCGACACCCAGGCCUGUAACCAGCAUUUGUGUGUGGAGUGGGCCUUCUCCAGCUGGAGCCAGUGCAACGGGCCUUGCAUCGGGCCUCGCCUCGCGGUGCAACACAGACAAGUCUUCUGCCAGACGCUGGAUGGCAUCACCUUGGCAUCAGAGCAGUGCAGCGCCCUUCCGAGGCCUGUGAGCACCCAGAACUGCUGGUCAGAAGCCUGCAACGUACACUGGAGGGUCAGCCUGUGGACCCUGUGCACGGCGACCUGCGGCAGCUACGGUUUCCAGUCCCGGCGCGUGGAGUGCGUGCACACCCGCACCAACAAGGCAGUGCCCGACCACCUGUGCUCCUGGGGACCUCGGCCCGCCAACUGGCAGCGCUGCAACAUCACCCCCUGUGAAAACACGGAAUGCAGAGACACCACCAGGUACUGUGAGAAGGUGAAACAGCUGAAACUCUGCCAGCUUAACCAGUUCAAAUCUCGCUGCUGUGGAACCUGUGGCAAAGCUUGAAGACAGGGCGAGGCGAGACUACCCUGGCCGCACAGAGGACUCAUGCAACCACCUCGGGCAGAACUUAAGCUUUCUUCGUUUUAUUUAUUUAUUUUCCCCUCCCCACCCCUACACACACAACCCUCUUCGACCUCCUUCCUUGCCCCCUCCCCAGAUGUGAGGCCCCAGCUGUCUGCUCUCAGCUGGCUGGAGGACAGAAUGAGGGGACAGGACAAGGACGGAGGUCUGAAGGAGGCUGCAGAGCAGAACGGGCCAGACAGCAGAGCCCCCUGGCCAGCCGGCUCCCUCCCAAACCUGGGUCCCAGAGAGACCCAGGAAGAGGCCAGCGUAGGCCCCAGGACAGCAGGGAGCCAGAGCCAACAGCAGACGAAAGAGAGGGGCAGAAGGGUAGGUGCCUGAGAGUUUGUAAAGCAUCGGUAUUGACUCUGGACAACCAAGGCGCCUCUCCUAGCCAGGGAUGGUCAAGACCGGGGAGAGGGGACAUCAGCCAUGCUAAAGACCCAGCCCAGAACUCAGCUCUUCCACUGGAGGAAGGGGGCUUCAGAGAAACAAGAACUCAAAACACUGUAGGGGUAAAGGGAAGCCAAUCCAAGUAGCUGAAGUGGACGGUGAUGCAGAAAAUGAAGUAGGCAGGGCAGGGACAGAAGCACAAAGAAAGUGGUGUGUGUUCCUGAGAGGAGGGGACAGCAGGGAAUGAGCAGACAGCUGGUGAGGUUCUGAACCCCAAGCUCACAUGCCUGGUGGACCUCGGUGGGGUCAGGGGAGGCCCUGGGGCUCCGAGCUUUCUGCCCUUGGGCCCAGGCUGCAUGCAGGAGCCAUGCCCUCCCCAGGGUGGAGAGGAGUCCCCGAGGCAGCUCCGUGAACUUUCUGCCCACACCCCAGGGCAGAGCUGGUGAGACAGCAGGGCCUAGCUGUGCAGUCAUGCCACCCCUGACGUCUCUUCUAAAUCAAGAGUCCCCCAGCCCGGAGCUAACUGCUCACACAGGCCAAGGUGUUUUGAUCUGAAUAGACUGGGUUUCCUACCUAUAAGGUUUUUAAUGCGUCACUGAAGGGCCAGGGACUAGGGUCAGCUUGUCAAAAAUCAAGCCAUUAAUCGACUUGUCAGAGCAUCCAUCAGAUCAGAGCAACCACUUCCUUCCAGAGCUGACCAGGUGUGGGUGGGGCCAAGGGGCACAGCAGCAAAGCUGAAGGGUAACUAAAGCUUCCCAGAAGGUCCUUGAACGCUUUUCAACCAUACCCUCCAUACAGUGAAAUAUGAUAUACUCUACCAGAAUUAACAUACCUCGGUUUUGCUAAUUCAGUGUGGGCAAAGCAGCAUACACACCUAGUCAUGCCAUCAGCUAUGGUAGAGAGGCUGUAGCAAGUCCAGUGGCAAAACUGAAAAUCUGGGACAUUUUGGCAAAUUGCUCGUUCAGCAGAGUGGUUUUGGGCGAGUGAUUGUGUCCGCCCCCCACCACAUGGCCCCCAUUUAGUAGAAGCUAGAGCAGAGCCGAGUGGCCAGAGUCACUCACCCCUCACACAGACUGCCCCCGGCCACGUAUACAGACUCGCAAAAUGCCACUCACCUCAGAGGCCACCACUGACAUCAGGGCUGCAUUUUCCAGCCAGCCUGGAAAUACAAGUUGGGGUGGGGGGAAGACAUUAAGCUUUGUGUCCGCCCCAGGUGAGCUGUGGACAGUUAAGGCGGUUUCCUCACCAUAGUAAUGGGCUCUGAGAAAUCAUGUUACUAAAAAUCAGUGUAAUUUUUAUUUAAAAUAAAAGAGAAUGUUUUCUAUGUCUGUAUAUCUUUUGUGAAUAUUUAUUAGGAUUUCUUGUAUAAAAAAGUGCAAUAUUAAUAAUUGUACAUUGUCUUCCAGAAAAAAAAAUAAAAUAUUUGGGGGACUUUUUAUUAACUUCCUGCAGUUGUGUUCCUGUAAACUCAGUGGCGAUUAUUGUAUUGUUCCUAUUUUUAGAUGAAGCUGAUGUUUAACUCUGGAUCCACCCACUGUGUACAGAAUACAUUGUAAUAGUCGGCACGGGAUGAUGGGGCAAUAAGAGGGGAUUCGUUUGUGACACAACAGUCAUGCACGGAAUGCAGAAGACGGAUUCCAUACUGGUACUAAUGCAGUUGGUUCUUUCUAGUUCAAUAGUUCUAGAAACCCAGUGGCCAAUAUUUACAGUUCCUGAACAGUGGAGGUCCUCUAGCUUGUCCACGUGUCAGGGUGUAGCAGGUGAAGAUGGCUUUCAGAGCGAGCCCAGAGGACCGAGGUUUGGGGUGGGAAACAGCGUGCUCCUUCCAUGAGAUGAAUGUACAUUUACUGUUUGUUCUGUGAAUCAUGACUCAGCAGCACCACAAGAUUAUUAGGGCUGCUGAAGAAUGUGGGAGGAGGCACCUCCUCCUCUAAAACACAAAACUGUAUUUAUAUAUUUUUUUUGUACAGAUAAUACAGCUUAUUUAUUUAAA